UUGACAGCGGCAAGCAGCUGCUCAGACAUGGCGGAGCUUGUAGUUUUGUGGGAGAUCUCUUAGAGAGUUGCAUUACUUUCACACAGUUUUGGCUGCAAAAUCAAAAGAAAAAAAUAAUAUAAAAAAAGAAGAGGCGGGUCGAUCUGCUUUUCAAGAAAAAAGUCUGGAAAAUGGCAGAAAUGUAGGACUUUCGUGAAAAAAAUGCACUGCUGUUUCUUAGUGCAGUCAACAGCCUUAGGCAACAAAAAAAUAUGGCUACUUGUGUCUUUCAAUUUGUGAUGAAAAGAUCCUCAACUCAGCCUUUCGUCGCAAUGGCUGCUGUGCCGAUUUCUUAAAGUGACCACACAGAAGUUGUUCUAUAUUCUUAUUUUGGCGGUUUUGAAGAAAUUAGCCGUGGAAAAGGCACAGAAAGAAUCGAACUGAAAUGGACCCUAAGCACAAAGAGUUGUUAGGUCAGUGCCACCAGAACUUGUUGCAGUCCAUUACAAAUGCGGACAGGGUGAUAGAGCUGCUUGGCAAAGCUGGUACCCUGAGCCAGCUGGAGAGGCAUGAACUGGACAAUAACUGUUCGUCCAGCUCCGAGAAGACAGACCUCCUUCUGAAGAUACUUACGAAUAAGGAGAGGGACCAUUUCCCAGAUCUGUGUGUGGCACUGGAAAAGACUCACCCUCACCUGUGUUCUGCACUCUUUGUCAACGGCGUGGGACCUAUGGACAAUUCUUCAGGAUCGACGUACAGUGUACUGUCUACCAUGCCUUCUGACUCGGAAAGUAGCGGCUCUCUCAGCAGCAUUGGUACGACUGGCAAGCCCUCAUCCCCUCCUCCUGUGCUGAUAGAUAACAGGCAGAUGAGUGAGAAGCUGGAGACCAUCCUGUUCCAGUUGAGACAGGUCACUCGGGAAAGGGACGAACUGCGCAAAAGACUUGCACUUUCUUCUCCUGGAACCACCUUUGACGACUGUAGGCCCAAUUCCAAACCAAGUCAUGACUAUGAACGUCUCAAGACGCAGUGCAUGAAGGCCAUGGCAGACCUGCAGUCUCUGCAGAACCAGCACACCAAGACACUAAAGAGAUGCGAGGAGGCAGUCAAAGAGGCAGAUUUCUACCACAUGUUGCACAGCCGCCUUUUAAGUGACCAGUCCCAGCUUAAGGAGGAGAUGGAUUCCAUGAAGAAAGAGAGUACCCAGUUAGUACGGGAACACAACCACCUCAAACAGAGCUGUGAGGAGCUCAAGAGACUGCACGACGAGGACCAGAAGGAGGUCACUGACCUGAGGAUACAGCAACAACAGAUGUUGAGGGAGAAUGGGUCAUCGGAGAUGCUUCAAAAGCUGUACGACACUGCCAUGGACAAGCUGGAGGGGGUAAAGAAAGACUACGAUGCACUAAGAAAACGGUACAACGAGAAGAUCGCCAACCACAACACGAAUCUAAGUCGGCUGGAGCAGGCUGAGGAGGACAAUCGGCAGCUUCAGAAACAGCUUGACGUGAUAAUUAAACAGAGAGACUCGGCUAUACACUACCAACAGCAGUAUUCUUCAUCACUGAGGAGAUUUGACUCUGUUCAGCAAGAGUUAACCAAGACCACGGCACAGAAUAAUGAAUUGCAAAGGGAAAUGGAGCGGUUACAGUCCGAGGCGACGCGGUACAAAACUCUUCACCUGAAAGCAGUGAAGGAUUCUGAGAAAUACAAAGAAGAGCGGGACUCUGUGUUUAAUGAAUACCGCCUCAUUAUGAGCGAGAGAGACCAGGUCAUCAAAGAGGUGGACAAGCUACAAACUGAGCUAGAGACAGCCGAAGCGAAACUUAAGACCACCUCCUGUGAAAGAAAAGUAGCCAGCGAGGAAAUGGAAGCACUUCGACAGGAGCUGAAUUCGGCAUUAGUGGAGCGAGAUUGUGCAAUUUGUGAGAGGAACGAGUUGCUGGAAAAAUACUGCCAUGAAGUAAAGGACAAGACAGAGGCCCAAAAGGAUCUUGACCAGGCCUGUAAAGACAUUGAAACUGUGAAAGAAGAGCGAGAUGUGGCCAGGAAAGAGAGGACAGAAGCCAUCACCCAGAGGGACCAGCUGCUGAGGGAGUAUUACCAAGCCAGACAGAAGCAAGAUUCUGCCACAAUGGACAUGGAAAGAGCGAAUAAAGAAAUUGAGGUGCUCAGGAAGCAGUAUGAGGCCAUGGCCCAGGAAAUGAAGGAGGCUGUGCAGGAGGCAGAAGUGGCCAAGUGCCGGAGAGACUGGGCCUUCCAAGAACGGGACAAGAUUGUGGCAGAAAGAGAAAGCAUAAGAACUCUGUGUGAUAACCUGAGAAGGGAAAGAGACAGAGCUGUGAGUGACUUGGCAGAAGCUCUUCGUAAUCUCGAUGAUAUGAGGAAACAGAAAAACGAUUCUGUACGGGAGCUCAAGGAAUUAAAAGAGAAGAUGGAGAACCAAUUAGAAAAAGAGGCUCGUUUUCGACAAUUGAUGGCUCACAACUCUCACGAUUCAGCUAUCGAUACAGAUUCAUUGGAGUGGGAGACUGAAGUGGUAGAAUUUGAAAAAGAUAGGGAAGAUAUGGAUUUGAAAGCACUUGGGUUUGAUGUGGCUGAGGGGGUGAAUGAGCCCUAUGUGCCAGGGGACUUUGGAAUAUUUGUUACCAAGGUAGAUAAAGGAAGUAUUGCAGAUGGAAGACUAAGAGUGAACGAUUGGCUCUUGAAGAUAAAUGACGUGGACCUUGCUAACAAAGACAGGAAACAGGUUAUCAAAGCAGUGCUUAAUGGAAGAGGAGUAAUCAAUAUGGUUGUCCGCAGAAGAAAGUCUUUAUGUGGAAGAAUAGUAACACCUGUACACAUUAACCUUGUGGGACACAAAGAUAGUGGAAUCAGCCUGGAGAGUGGAUUUUUUGUGGCUGCUAUUGUACCUGGCAGUCCAGCUGCAAGGGAGGGAUCUCUUUCUGGGGGGGACAGACUCGUUGCUAUUAAUGGAAUUGCACUAGAUAACAAAUCGCUGACAGAAUGUGAAGCUUUGCUGCAGAAUUGCAGGGAUUCUCUAAGUCUCUCACUGAUGAAGUUUUUCCCACAGAGUUCUUCUCGGCAGAACGUAUUUGAAAACCUGAGAGACUUGGAGAAAACAUCUAACUGUAGGGUUCACUCCUCCGAGGUACACGUGAGGAAUAGCAGAAACUUGAAACACAACAGCUCGACCCAAACAGACAUUUUCAACCCAGACACUGUGGAUGGGAAAGAAGAUCGAAGUGAUUUUGAAGUAACUUCAUUUUGCAAUCACAAACCGUUUUCCACUGGCUCUCUGCAUACAAACUCUCAUAGGUCUAUACAGCAUGCCUGCCACGGGAAUGCAGAGCACAGUCCGCCCUCCUUCAGUGCAAAUAUGUUCCCAGACCAUGGCUAUGGGAUUGUGGAGGCUGAAAAAAGACGAUUCACCUUUGACCCCACAGUUCCUGAUUGCAUCAUGAUUGAAACUUCCCUUGAAAAAGGCCACGGACCUAAGCACAGCGGUGGCACUUGGCCAAAAAUGAUGGUUGAUGUUUCAUCAGAAACUGCACAGCUGUCUAUAUUUAAGAUACCAAAACAGAGGAAGUCAAUUUUUGAUUCAGAUACAUUUAAAAGGCCAGAUAUCCCCUCAGAAAUAGAUUAUUUAUCUCCUGGGCAGUUAACAGCACAUUCACCCCAAUCUUCAAAGGUAUCGAUAACACCAACUCCUCCAACACCACCAACAAGGAGUGAUUCCUUCAAGUUUAAACACAAACCGCAGACCAGCUCUGCCUCAGACUCCACAAUAACUAGAGGGUCAUCUCCCACAAGCCCGGCCCAAUCCCCUGUCGCCAUGGGAACCAAACAAGAGCUUGCCCAUGAGGGCCGUGACAGGAAUGGCAACCAUUACAUCCUCGAGGGAAGUAUGGACUGCAAUGUUAUCGCUUCAAGGAAAUCCUGCGAUGAGGAUGUCAGUCAUCAGAGAGUUGAGGAGCCAGAGGUCAAGAGACCCAGACCAAAAUCAGCCCCAGCUUUGAGGCAUAAGCUGACUCCUUUGCCAAUGGUUGUACCGACACUUCAAGUGCAGAAUUAUGCCAAAGAAGAACAACAGUCUCCAGAACCCUACGAGUGGGUGCGCUACUCUCCAAAACGCUCUCACAGGCACAGCAUGGGCUUUGUUCCGACAGUGUACAGCGGGGCAGUGUCAGCAAACACUGCAUCCCGAAGUUUGGCACCUUGCCCAGCAGUAACUGCUGUUAUGAGAAAUCCAAUUUACACUGCCUGGAGUCACCGAGUUCACAGUAAUAACUGCCCUAUAGCCAGCCAAGUCUGCCAUCAGCAUUCUCACCCCAGGCAUGUUUUUUCUAACCGAGCAGGUUCAUCUAACACCUUGCAAUAUAGAACGGAACGGAUUAAAAUCCCAUCGACACCACGAUACCCAAGGUCAAUGCUUGGAUCUGACAGAGGGUCUGUCUCACAUUCAGAAUGCAGCAGCCCCAGUCUGAUAACUCCACCCCAGUCCUCACUGAACCUGGAAACCUCAUCGUUUGCCAGCAGCCAAUCACAAAGCUCUAUUUCUACUUUACCGAGUAUAUCUAUUAGUCCUGUGCCAAUGGGAGAGCACAGGAAGGAUAGACCUUACUUGGAAGAACCACGUAAUGUGAUUGUACACAAAGGGGCAGAACCUUUGGGAAUUUCCAUUGUCGGUGGGGAGAAUGGUGGCAUCUUUGUAUCCAAGGUAACCGGAGGAAGCAUUGCUCACCAGGCUGGCCUUGAAUACGGUGAUCAGUUGCUGGAGUAUAAUGGCAUAAACCUGAGGAGUGCAACGGAGCAGCAAGCCCGCUUGAUCAUUGGGCAGCAGUGUGAUACCAUCACUAUCUUGGCUCAGUACAACCCGCACAUGUAUCAGUUGGGCAACAACUCACGAUCAAGUUCUCGCCUGGAGCCAAUCAGCACUCAUUCUACUCCCCAUGGCAGUGGAACAGCAACCCCAGACAAUCAUUCUAUUAUUGAUACAGUGAGUGAGCAGGAUGAAGGGACGAUGACCCCUCCUUCUAAACAAACCACCCCAACUACCAGCCCUCGCAACUCCAUGAGAAUGUCCGUGGAUGCGUCAAAAAAGCUUCCGGAACCACGAACUGUCGUCAUUAGAAAAACCCAGGUGGAGCUUGGAAUCCAGAUCUGUGGUGGAAACUUGUAUGGCAUUUUUGUGGAAAAGCUGGAAGAUGAUAGUCCGGCAAAAAGUUCUGGUGGGCUCAUGCCAGGAGACAUGCUCCUGGAGUAUGGUUCAGUCUACAUGAAAAAUAAAACGGCUGAAGAGGCUUACCUUGAAAUGUUGAAACCAGCGGAAACAAUCACAAUGAAAGUUAAGUACCGGAUAGAUGAGUUCACGAGGAUCAAAGAUACCCCUGGAGAUGGAUUCUUCAUCAGAGCACUUUAUGAUAGGGUGGCAGAAGUGGAACAAGAUUUAAGUUUUAAGAAGGAUGACAUUCUCUAUGUUGAUGAGACUCUUCCCAAGGGAAAUUUUGGCUUUUGGAUGGCUUGGCAGCUAGAUGAAAAUGCACAAAAACUUGAAAGAGGUCAAGUUCCCAGUAAAUACAUGAUGGACCAGGAGUUCUACAGGAGACACAGCAUGUCAGAAAUGAAAGAUGAAAAUGGCUCCAGUAAGACAUUGUCAGCAGCUGCUCGAAGAUCAUUUUUUCGAAGAAAACAAAAACACAAGCGCAGUGGUUCCAAAGAUGGAAAGGAUUUAUUAGCUCUUGAUGCCAUAAGCACAGAUUCAAUUCCAUUCUUAGAGGAUUGUGUGAGUCUGGCCUAUCAGAAGGUACAGAAAGUUGAGUGUACAUCCCCAAGACCUGUGCUUAUUCUGGGACCUUUAUUGGAUGCUGUAAAGGACAUGUUGGUUAAAGAUUCUCCAGGAAAAUUUUGUCGAUGCCCACUUGAAGUUAUGAAAGCUUCUCAACAAGCAAUAGAACGAGGCGUUAAAGAUUGCCUGUUCAUUGACUACAAGAGGAGGAGUGGCCAUUUUGAUGUGACAACUGUAGCAUCUAUUAAGGAAAUAACUGAGAAGGAUUGUCACUGUUUGCUUGACAUUGCACCUCACGCCAUUGAUCGGCUUCACAGCGUUCACAUUUACCCAAUCGUCAUUUUCAUUCGGUACAAAAAUGCAAAGCAAAUAAAGGAACAAAAGGAUCCAAUAUUUCUGAGGGAUAAAGUCUCUCAAAAACAUUCCAAGGAACAGUUUGAGGUUGCACAGAAAACAGAACAAGAAUACAGCAAAUUCUUUACAGGUAUUGUCCAGGGAGGCAGUUUGUCCUACAUUUGCACUCAGAUCAAGACUAUCGUCGAUCAAGAACAAAACAAGGUGCUGUGGAUUCCAGUUGGGUCCUUCUAGAACUUUGAAUCUGAGUCAUUGAAGAGUGCAAGGAGAAUGACAUUUACUCUAUUAUACAAAAUUGAUGAAUAACAAAAAAACACUAAAUGAAGGGGUACGAUACACUGAAAGAUGUAUGUCAAUUACAAACCAUUCACUUCUGUAUGCAUCCUAAUAAAAAUGGUGUAACAUGUAACAUAGACUGACAGUGAAACUUCAUCUUGGGAAUAGGAUUGGUACAGCACUGAAUUAUUAAUGUUUUUUUUUUUUUUUUCAUUUCUAAGGACAAUUGAAAUUAGCGAUGCUGCGGGAAAAGGACACACGUUUACAUUUUUUUCUGAGUAUUCAAUUAUUUCAUGUUUACUUGAAAGUUGUGUUAAGUUUUUUUUCCUAACCCAUACCCCUGUCUUCUAAGACAGCCCUCCUAAAGUUGAAAAAUGUUCUAUUUUAAGCAUGACAACAGGGUGGCUUGGUUCACUUUGAGUACUUUUGAAAAUUGAGUGCACUCCUGUACAGGGCAGACCACUGUGUUUUUUAAACUUGUCUGUCAAAUGUUUUCCCUUAUGGAUCUAAUAUUUAAACUUCAUAAUAUAUCAGAUCUUAAUGUAUAAUAAGUAAUAAACUAAUAACUAGGUUAUUGGGCCUAGUACUGUGUAGCUGUAGUAUUGAGCUCUUAGCUGGGCCUAGCAUGCUGUUUUGUCACUUAACAAUGCAACUAUAUAAAGUCAUCCUGGUGCAAAUUUGCAGGGUAAAUCUUAAACUUUUUUUGUUUCAUCUAUAUUGGUGUCUCCUUUUUUUUUUUUUUUUAAUAAAUGCAAGUACGGUGCACGGUAAUUGUUGCGUGACCACUACUGCUAAACGGUCAUUCAUUCAAUCUUCAAUGCAAUGCUUUUUAUAUAUAGGUACCUUUUAGAGAUAGCUAUAGCUACAGAUAUAUAUAUUGUGCCAAACUCCAUUAUGUCAUAUUUGUUUUGCACUUGUAAAUCUGUGUGCCUUUUACGCAGAGUUGCAUUUAGUUCUACAUUAAUUUUUUGUGUCAUGUAUUAGGAAGUAUAGUUAUACUGUACAAGCAGGUGUAAAUUUAGCUAUAUCACAGUGAUCACUCCUAACAUUUCAUUCAUUGCCUGGCAUUUAAUUGCCUUUUAUUCUUACCUUAAUUGAAGAAAGUAGCUUGCUUCUUAUUUGCAUUCUUCAACAAAAAAGGGAUGUUUUCUUGCAGUUUUUUCAAAGGACAAUUGACUUGGGUUAAGAAUUUUGUAGUUUUUAAAAGUAAAUUUAAUAUUUAAAACUAAUAAAUUGCAGGGUUGUUGGCCUAUGAUUUUUCAUGUGAGGGAUGACAUCAUUUUUAUAGCUGUGGUUGGAUUUUGACUAAGGUGAAACCGUUGAAACAGACAGGUACUGUUCUAAUUGGGAUUUUCUUUAUUAAAAAAAGAGAAUUAUGAUUUGUAUCAAAUGUUAAGUAAUUGAUUAAUAUGAGAAUAAAAGUCCAUUUUUUCUGUACCACAAAA